AUGUAUGGCCAAAGAAUACUGAUAUCUGAGACUUUACAAGAAAGAAUUUUGAAAGAAUUCCAUAUUGGACAUCCGGGGAUCGCAAGGACGAAAGCGCUUAUGUGCAGUUAUGUGCAUUGGCUGAAGAUGGGCAAGGAAGUUGAAAACGUAGUAAAAGGCUGCAGAGGACGUGCUCUGACAGCGAAAUUGCCUACUCAAAAAUGGAAGCCUUGGCCAGGACUAAAAUGUCCAUGGACAAGACUACAUAUUGAUUUUGCGGGUCCGUUAAAUGGUUAUUACUACUUAGUUGACAAUUUGACAAAAUGGCCGGAAAUUGUUAAGUGCAAAAGACCAACCUCCGAAACGGUAAUAUAUUUUUUGCACAAAUUAUUCGCAAGAUUUGGCAUCCCAAACGUGAUUGUAUCUGAUAGUGGAACACGAUUUGUGUCCAGUGAAUUUAGAAAAUUCUGCGAAAUGUUCACGGUAGAACAUAAAACCAUAGUGCCUUACCAUCUCAGAUCAAAUGGACAGGCAGAGCGUUUUAUGGACACUUUUAAAAGAGCUUUGAGAAAAGCAAACAAAGAAGUGACCGACGAAGUCGCUCUGCAGCAGUUUCUAAGGGUAUACAGGGUUACACCGAACUCCAAUACACCAGCAGAAAGCUCAUCAGCAGAACUGAUGUUCGUGCGGAAGGAUAUCCAGAAAGAAAAGGAAAGUGAAGGUGAGAGGAAAGUGCUGUCCUUGAGUGAAUUUACGAAAAAGUGGGUGAAAGUUGCGAAAAUGGCAAGAGUCGGCGGUACCACUCUCAGUGUAGACCCGUUAUGUUCUGAAUUAUGA